AAGCAGACCAGGAACCGGAACCGGUGGAACCAUGAGCUCGGAGAAUGCGGACCCGGUCAGCUCGCCGGGCUCCGCCCUGAUAUCGGCUACCGGAACCCCGUCGCCGGAUCCCGCCGAGUUAAGCAUCAGGGUUCGCCGGAGGCCGAUUCCUCGGAAGGGCCACACCAAGUCGCGCCGAGGCUGCCUCAACUGCAAGCGCAGAAAAGUCAAAUGCCAGGAGUCACGACCCGAAUGCUCCAACUGCACCCGCAUCGGCCUAGACUGCGAGUACCCCGACAGUCGCCCCCGGCAAUCACAGAUUUCCCCGACGCCGAUCGAGUCGACAUCACUAUCCAUGAUACCCUCACCCUCGAUUCCGCUCCAGUCUACUACGACGCUAUUUACCCCGGACGACAUGCGUUUCUUCCACCACUUCCUAGUUACCGCCUAUCCCCCGCUUCCCAUGAAAGGUGACGAGAUAUGGAAGAAUGUAGCACCCUUAGCGCACUCCGUCAGUUCCCCUAUGACUACUUGAUGCACGCCAUGCUGGGCCUGGCCGCUUCACACCUUGGCAUAUACGGUGCUGCCGUUUCGUCUCACGCUUUGUCCCACCGAGUCAAAGCCAUCACCCUAUUAAACCAAGCGUUGAGCACGCCGCCAAAGUCUACCGCGGAAGCAGAUGCCAGGUAUGCUGCCAUCUUAGCGCUAGCCUUUCAAGCCUCGUGUAUGCCCGAGGGCAUGACCGAGUUCAUGUCCAUGAUAAGAGGCUGCCACGUCAUUGCGAGUACAACAAUGACCGAGUACCACGACUCCCUCUUCCGGUCCUUUAAUCAAAGCGGUUAUGGCGACAGCGUCCGGAAGAUCCUCGGGGCAGCCCCGGCCGUCCUCAAGGCAAAAGAACAAGACCUCCUUGACGGCUUUCUCAAGUCCCUGCGCGCCCUCGGCCCCCUUUGCACCAGCUCGUUGGAGGUCAAGUUUCUAGCUUCCACUGAGCGCGUCGUCAAGGUCGCGAGGGUCUCCCCUACCGAAGCCUUUGCUCAGUUGUCCGGACACUACGGCUUAGUCAUGCACGCAGCUCUCGAGGAGUUUGCCCCGUUCGUAGACCCCAAGCACUACCCGGCGCAGCUCCUCCUCAUCCACUUCGUCCUCGUCGAGUUCGCCAUCGGCUACGUCGCCCUCGGCGAGGUCGGCCGCCGCUUCGCCUACCGCGAAAAGUCCUGCAUCGCCUGGAUGGAGCAGCUCGCCGCCAACCUGCCCGACCGGUACAAGAAGUACGCCGAGUGGCCUACGAACUACGUCCGGACCGAGCUGGUCGGCUGAGCGAGGAUAUCCCGGCAUUAUCCACCCGGCGGUCGUUGUCUGCCAGAAGUAUCCUGUUGGCGAUCGACUGCCCGCUGCAGUCCUCGGCUCGGGCUGGUACGCCCCUAUCCAGCCAUUCCUCGGUGCAACACACACCAGCAUGGUCCGGUCGUCGAAACACUCGGAAUUCGU